AUGAGUAAAAAGCUUGCAAAGCAGCCAUCUUUAAAAAAUAUUCUCAAAAAGAGGCAAGAUAACGACAAAGAAGUAGAAGCUUCGAUAAACUCAAAAGAGUCAGUCCAGUUCAAUAUCGCCACCGAGAGCGAGUCCGACUUCUCUAAAUCAAGCAGCAAAGGAAAAUGGCAAAUCGGCGGGCGAACGGUCCAAGCGCUCUUCAACAAAAAGGACAAGGCGGAUAAAGCAGCGGCGGGACUGCCAGAUGGGCCGCCAGAAGUCAAGCGAAUAUUCUCGUUUCCGCUCAAUGGCGAUGCCGAGGCCGACGACAUUCGAAAUGUCUACACUGACUUCAGAGAAAUCGUCCGAUCAGACCAAGAAGACGACCGCGAGCUUUUCCGGCAAUUUUUAUCCGAAAUCGUCCAUUCAGUCAGCUUUAAUCUAAUAACCAUGAUCUCAAUCGUUCUCAAUUUUCUCUCGAUUUACGUUGAUGUCCUUCUUCAAGGCAACAACAUAAAGGCAGGAAUGGUGCUUAUCCAGUUGGUCCAAAACGUCACUCUCGCCCUGUUUUUGAUGGAAAUGCUGCUCAAGUACAUUGUAAUGCCGGAGACAUUCUUCAAGUCGUCGCUAAACAUCGUCGAUUUGACAAUGAUUCUCGCGAGCUUCAUUCUCACAAACACGGAAAUCAUGAGCGGAGUCGGCCAAAUCGUUUCGAUUCUCCGUUCUAUCAGAUUAAUCAGCUCGUUGAAAAAACUACGCAACCGGUGGCCAAGUCUUUGGAUCGUUUACGAGACUUUGAAGCUGACUCUUGGCGAAAUUGCGAUGUUGCUGCUGCUGUUUUUCUUCCUUGCUAUCAUUUUCGUGAGUGGCUCAGAAUUUUCUUUUAUUCAAGGAGAGUAG